AUGGGAUGGAAGCAAAAGGGGGUUAAGAUUAUCAUAAGUAGGGAUGUCACGUUUAACGAGAAUGAGAUGCCGUGUAUUAAAGAGGAAACUGAACCUGAGAGUAAAACUGAACCAGGUAAAGAGAGAGACCUGUUUAAAGUGGAGUUAGGAAAGUUCAGUACACCUACCCCUACUGCUCCUAAUGAGGUGGAGAUUCAAGAACAAUCCCCUUACAAUGAGCGUGAUUGCAAUGAGCGUGAAGGAGAAUAUAUGAGUAAAGUGCCUUACUCUAAUGUGAUUGGUUCCAUAAUGUAUUUGAUGAUUUGCACUAGAUCGGAUUUAGAUUUUGCUGUUAGUACUCUCAGUAGAUACAUGGCUAAUCUGGGCCCUGAGCAUUGGGAAGCGCUAAAGUGGCUAUUAAAGUACUUGAAGGGAUAUAGGGAUGGUAGGAAAUCCACUUCGUCUUACAUGUUUACCUUAUCUAAUUCGUGUUCAACCAUCUAUACAUUUGUGCAAGAACCCCAUUUUUCACGAGUGCACUAA